GAUAAGAGCUCGUACGAUGGCCGUGCCACAACUUUACUACUUCACUAUUCGAGGAUUCGGAGAAUACAUCCGUCUUCUGUUCCUCGACAAUGGUAUCAAAUUCGAAGACAUUCGGUUCGACUACGAGGGGAAUGAAUGGCAAGAGUUUAAAAAAGGAAUGCUCCUUGGUCAGUUGCCAUGCUUGAAGGUGGACGGGCAAGAGAUUGUGCAGACUGGAGCAAUUAUGCGUCAUUUGGGAAGAGUUCAUGGCUUGAACGGAUCCAACGAGCAAGAGGCAACCUUCCUCGACAUGUUCUUCGAGGGAGUCCGCGAUGUUCGUAUGAAAUACGUCCGUUACAUUUACUACGACGAGGGAACCCGCGAGGAUUGUGUCAACAAAACCAUCCCGGAGGCUCUAGUGAAGUUGGAAGAGCUUUUCAAAGCUCAUUCCGGAGACUUCAUCAUUGGAAACAAGAUUAGUUAUGCGGACUAUAUUCUCUUCGAGGAGUUGGACGUCUACCACGUUUUGGAUGCGAAUAUCCUAGACAAAUUCCCAACUCUGAAGUCGUUCUGGGAAAGAAUGUGGAAGAGACCGAAUUUGAACGCGUAUCUCGAAAAGAGAAAGGCCGACAAAGUCUGGAUCAACGCGAUUGAGAAGGGAAUGAACUGAUUGCUUUAAAAAUGCAAAUGUUUUUUUUUUCGAAUCUAUGUUGACAAAUAAAUGGAUAUUAUUUUAAAAA